UGAGUGGCAGCUAGGGUCCUGGUGCCCGGCUGGGAAUCGCGAGUUCCGGGUUCAGCCGCCCACCGAAGCCCGCUAAGCAGGGUUGGACCGAAGCUGACGACUGGGCGGGCGGGAGGUCCUGGUGCAGAGCUCGCUCUGGGGACGGGGGGCCUCGACAACAGCCACCGGUGGGAGCGGGGACUGCGACCCCAAUCAGUUGGAAACGUGCAUCCUUCAGACUCAGACUCCAAAUGGCGCAGUGGGAGAUGCUGCAGAAUCUCGAUAGCCCAUUUCAGGAGCAGCUACACCAGCUCUACUCAGAUAGCCCCCUGCCGGUGGAUGUUCGACAGUACCUGGCCGUCUGGAUUGAAGAUCAGAACUGGCGGGAGGCUGCACUGGGCAAUGAUGAUUCCAAGGCUAACGUGCUCUUCCACCACUUCUUGGGCCAACUGGACGAUAAAUGUAGCCCCUACAAUGAGGACCCUGAGUGCUUGUUGCUACAGCACAAUAUGCGAAAAUUCGCUCGGGACAUCCAGGCAUUUCCCAAGGGUCCUACCCAGUUGGCCGAGAUGAUCUUUAAUCUCCUUCUGGAAGAAGAAAGAAUUCUGAUCCAGGCUCAGAGGGCUCAGUCAGUGGACCAAAGUGAGCCAGCCCUCAAUGCACCUGUGGAGAGCCAGCAGCAUGAAAUUGAAUCCCGGAUCCUGGAAUUAAGGGCUAUGAUGGAGAAGCUGGUGAGGUCCAUCAGCCAACUGAAAGACCAGCAGGAUGUCUUUUGCUUCCGAUAUAAAACCCAGACCCCAGUGAGGACACCCUCUUUGGACCCCCAUCAGGCCAGACAGCAGCAGCUUCUGCAGGAAACUAUCAAUGAACUGGACAAAAGGAGGAAGGAGGUGCUUGAUGCCUCCAAAGCCCUGCUGGGCCGAUUAACUACCCUAAUCGAGCUACUGCUGCCACAGUUGGAGGAGUGGAAAGUCCGACAGCAAAAAGCCUGCAUUGGGGCCCCUCUGGACCAUGAGUUGAAACAGCUGGAGAAGUGGUUUACAGAUGGAGCAAAGUUGUUGUUUCAUUUGCGGCAGCAAUUGAAGGAGCUGAAGGGAUUGAGUCGCAUGGUUAGCUAUUCCAAGGACCCUCUGACCAAAGGGGUAGACUUGCGGGAAGCCCAGGUCACAGAGUUGCUACAGCGUCUGCUUCAAAGUGCCUUUGUGGUAGAAACCCAGCCCUGCAUGCCCCAAACUCCUCAUCGACCCCUCAUCAUCAAGACUGGGAAUAAGUUCAGCAUCCAAGCAAGGCUGCUGGUGAGACUCCAGGAAGGUAAUGAGUCACUGACUGUGGAAGUCUCCAUUGAUAGGAAUUCCCCUCAAAUACAAGGCUUCCGGAAGUUUAACCUUCUGACUUCAAACCAGAAAACUUUGACUCCUGAGAAGGGGCAGAGGCAGGGCUUAAUUUGGGACUUCGGAUUCUUGACUCUGGUGGAACAACGUUCAGGUGGUUCAGGAAAGGGCAGCAAUAAGGGGCUGCUGAGUGUGACAGAGGAACUGCAUAUCAUCAGCUUCACGCUCAAAUACACCUACCAGGGUCUGAAGCAGGAGCUGAAAACGGACACCCUCCCUGUGGUGGUUAUUUCUAACAUGAACCAACUCUCUAUUGCCUGGGCCUCCGUUCUCUGGUUCAAUCUGCUCAGCAAAAACCCCCAGAACCAGCAGUUCUUCUCAAGCCCCCCCAUGGCCCCCUGGAGCUUGCUGGGCCCUGCUCUUAGUUGGCAGUUCUCUUCGUACAUUGGCCGAGGCCUCAAACCAGAGCAACUGAGCAUGCUGAGGGACAAAUUAUUUGGGCAGAACUCUACCCCGGAGAGUGCAUUGUCCUGGGCUGACUUCACUAAGCGAGAAAGCCCUCCUGGCAAGCUACCAUUUUGGACAUGGCUGGACAAAAUUCUGGACUUGGUACAUGACCAUCUGAAGGAUCUCUGGAAUGAUGACUGCAUCAUGGGCUUUGUGAGCCGGAGCCAGGAGCGCCGGCUGCUGAAGAGGACCACCUCUGGCACUUUCCUACUGCGAUUCAGUGAAACAUCAGAAGGAGGCAUUACCUGCUCCUGGGUGGAGCACCAGGAUGAUGAUAAGGUGCUGAUCUACUCUGUGCAGCCCUACACCAAGGAGGUGCUGCAGUCAGUCCCGCUGACUGAAAUCAUCCACCACUACCAGCUGCUCACUGAGGAGAACAUACCUGAGAACCCACUGCGCUUCCUUUACCCCCGAACCCCCCGGGAUGAGGCUUUCGGGCGCUACUACCAGGAGAAAGUCAAUCUCCAGGAACGGAGGAAAUACUUGAAACACAGGCUCAUUGUGGUUUCUAACAGACAGGUGGAUGAGCUGCAACAACCGCUGGAACCUAAGCUGGAGCCAGGGCAGGAGUCAUUAGACCUGGGGCUGUUACUAGAGCCAGAGCCAGAGCCCGAGCCCGAGCUAAGCCUGGAGUUGGGGUCACUGCUGGACGCAGGACUGGAUCUGGGGCCAGUGCUGGAGCCUGUGCUGGAGCCCACACCACCCAUGAUACCACAAACAGUGCCAGAGUCAAAGCUGGAGCCAGAGCUGGAGUCCAUUCUAGAGCCCAUAUCAGAGCCAGUGCCAGAGCCAGAUUUGCCCCAUGAUCUGAGACACUUGAACAUUGAGGAAAUGGAAAUCUUCAGAAACUCUUCUAUGAAGCUUGAAGAAAUCCUGCCAAAUGGUGACCCACCAUUGCCUGCCCCGAGCACCAUGGAUGAUGUCUACGUCUCCUGCCCCAGCCAUUUCCACACGGAUGGACGCUGGAGUCCUUGUGACUUCUAGGAACUACGUUUCCUCUGUUCUUUUCCCUAUUUCUUGCCCCUUGUGCCGCCCACAUUUCCAUGUUCCUCUCCAAUGCUGGGAAAUCAGACAUGUGCCCCUUCUAAACUGGGAAAACCCUGGGAUUUUGGGUGAGAGAUGAAAGGGUAUAGAAGGGCACCAACCAGUCAGAAUGCUGGUCGUAGCUCUCAACAGGAUCCUGGACACUGCCUGCUGUGCUGGGGAGGUGUGAGGGGAGGCCAGGGGUGAGCCAGGAUAGCUGGGGGUACUUGGAGGGCUUAGGGAAGUGACUCUUUUCCAGUACAGAAGAAUUUCAACAUUUUAGUAGCUGGUAAAGCAAAAUUGGGAGCACUGUUGGCACAGUUGGUAAGUACCUUGCUGCUAAUCAAAAGGUCAGUGGUGUCAAUCCACCAGCUGCUCCUUGGGAGAAAGAUAUGGCAGUCUGCUCCAAUAAAGAUUACAGCCUUGGAAACCCUAUGGGGCAAUUCUACUCUGUCCUAUAGGGUCACUAUGAGUUGGAAUUGACUCGGUGGCAAUGGGUUUGGUUUGGUUUAAAGCAAAAUUGGUGCACAUUGGCAUUGCAUCCCCUCAGUGGAGAGGGAGACACAUGAUAGGACUCCUUUUCUCUCUUGUGGCUCCUUCAUGUCUAGGAUAGCCUUGUCCUUUCUUUUUCCCCUCACUCCUCCUGACUCAAGUCCUAAAUUUCUUCUUGACCCACAGCGGCCGAGAGCUUUCUGCCUCUUCCCACCAUGUAAUGCUCCACCCUGAAGAAGGGGAUAGGAGGUAGACCCUCUUCUUGCCAGUCUCUUCCAUCGCUCCCAUGCCCCCCUCCAAGCUAACUGCACCCAUCCCUCCCCUAUAAACAUGCUGCCAACCAAACAUGCUUGUGAAGCUUUGCACACUAACUUAGACUGCCUGGUCUUCACUUCCCCUGUGCUUAAGAGACAGAUCACUCUGGCAGGCCAGAGAUGGUAGGUUACCGGGAAUUUAGGAAUUGCUUUUUGUAGUAUUAGAUAGAGUUUGGUAUUUAUACAGAGGAAAAGAAGUCCUAGCUAUUUGUCUAUUAAGGUAUCAUCUAUUUGCUUUUGUACAAUGUAGUGUUUGCCUGAAAGGAGGGUAUCUACUCCUUGGGUGUGGUCCUGGACAAAGACCAAGUUCCUAGCACUUAAUAACUUUAAAUGUUUAUUAUGGGACUCUAGACAACCUCACACCUCAGCCGUGCCGGGGAAUCCCAGGAGACAACCACGAUUGUCCAAGAUGUGCUGCUUGGUGUAACUUGAGCUAUCAAUGAAAGUGAGGCCCUGUGCAUGUGGCUAUGUCCUGUCUGGCAUGUCAGAGGAACAGUCCUGUUCAGAAAGGGGCCCUUCUGAGCAGAAGUGAGUAAUAAACACUGUAGCACUUCA